CACUUAUUUGUGAACAAUUGCAACCACAACAGAAAUAAACUGCUGUUGCAGAGAUUUAUCCAAUCAACUGCUACAUGUAGUAGCAAAUCAUUAUAAAAAAGGGGGUGCGUAAUGUUACCACAAGGAAGUCCUUAACAAGUGUUGCAGCAGUUUCGAUGCGGAGAGUGACAACUAAAAUCACUAAUCUACAAGUUGAAAGUUUUAUUCAUAACAAUGUCAAAAAGAGGGAGAACAGGGGUUGAAAACGAUUCGUGCAAACAGAGGAAGAGGCACAAUAAGCAGGAAGAAGAUGAACCCGCUCGACAAGAAAGAAAUUACAAAAAUCUACGUUUUGCUCAGAGAGGUCUUUUUGAUAAGCGUAACAAAUAUGGCAUUUUUGUAACUAUCAAUCAAGCCACUAUUCAACCUUCUAAACUGGAUGUUAUUUUAAAUAUGUAUAGGCCAUUGUUUAAAACAGCAACUGACAUGACAGAUAGAACUCGCAUCCUAAUAGCAAUCGAUCCCAAACUUUGGAAUCAAGUAUGUGUUAAGAAGAAAUUAGAACUACGACCUGAUGGACAGUAUCUAUUAGACAAUUCACAAAAAUUCCUUAAUACAGGCGGGGACAUUUUCUUUUACAUCAAAUCUGACAUAAAGGCAAAUGCUGACCAAAUACUGGAGCUACUGAAAACAGGAUUAAAAGAUGCAGGGAUAACAUGUAAAGAUUUAAGUAUCACAAAAUCUAACGAAUAUGGCAAUACAUUGAUAAUAAAUGGUUCUUUUAGAGAAGGAUUAGCGAAUUUGUCUGACCGUUGUUCUGUCGACCAACUAAUUCUGAUUGGGGAAAAGGACAAUGGCGAAAUAGGGGGAACAUAUAUGAUGACUCAGAAAUUCAAAACCCAUUGGGAAAUCUUAGGAUCAAAGCCCGAUUCAACAAAAGAAGAAAUGAUUGGUAGGAAAAUGUUUGGACUGGGCAUUAUUCCAUCACUUUCAGAAAGUAGUCAUAUCAAACGCGCUCAUACUUUAGACGAUUUUCCUCCUCCCCGUAACGUAUCAAAAGGUCUCCGUCGCAUCUUUAGACAGUCGAUGCCAUAUGGAAAUUGCCAAACUGAUCCCGGUAGAGAAGAAGGUGCUUUCUAUAUAUCCAUUGCGAAAUCAACGACGAUUUUCCAUGAUAUAUUAGAGAAUAUCAGUGGGUGCCCUGGAACCACCUUUGACGCUUUCAUAGAUGUAUUUUCCUCAUUAGAAGGAAGUUUUUGGUAUGUCCCAAGCUCUGAAGAGUUAGAUCUCCCAGUUGUUGACAAUAUAUAUUGUAGAGUUGAUUUAGAUGAUCAAUGGAACGUUCCACGAAAGAAUAAAUACCUUUUCUACAACCACAAACAAUACUUGCAUGAAAUCGAUAAGGAUGAUGGUGAUGUGGACCGCGUUUCAACUAGAGUGCUACGAUUACUACAGUAUACAUUUGAACAGUGGAAUAAUGUAUGGUUCAAAAGAACAGUCGUUUCUGAUAUUCCCGACUUGUCAAAGAUGUUAAAAAACUCAGAGAAACAUUUCCUGAAAGAAAGCAUUCCUAUUCGAAAAGGUUUGGCCAUUAAGAAGUCUCUUGGUGAAUUAUUUACAACUGCAAACAUACAAGCAAGCAUCAGUAACCCCUCCGAAUUCUAUGGCUGGAAGUCUGAUCUUUUCAACAUACAUCCUGAUGGAGUUAUAGUAGGACGCAUGCCGAAAGACAGCACAUUCGGCCUUGGGAAGAAAGUGAUGAAGUACCUAAAUGACGAUGAGAGGAUGACGUAUUAUUUAUUGGGUCUUAGUGAGUCGUCUGCCGUUGAUCAUAUCAUUCCUGAUUACAAAAAAUUGUUAAAUUUAGGUGUAACUGGUCUUAUAGAAGAUAUAAAAAUCAAAUACGCUAGAGACAAAGGUAAUCAUUUCUAUGCAUCAUGUAUUUUGGCAUUGGAAGGCGUAAAGAUGUAUCUUGAUAACUAUAGUCGUUUAGCUGCUUAUUUGUACACUCUUGACAAUGAAUAUUCGAACAGCCAGAGACAAAACCUUGAAGAAAUCAUAGCUCGAAUGGAACAUCUUUCAACAGGCAAGCCAGAAAACUUUACUGAAGCAGUGCAGCUAAUAUUCUCUAUGUACUGCUGCUUUCAUUUGAUUGGACAACCCGUAGCAGUAGGAAGAAUAGACGAACUUUUGGCACCGUUUGUUAACCAAUCAGCUAACAAUACUACAUCGAAUCAGGAUGUAAUUGAUUGUUUUUGGAUAAAAUUUGGUGAAAGAGUAAUAUUGGACCCUCAUGAAGCCACAGACGUUACCAGCUGGGGAAAUUGUGCAGUGCCAUACUCGUCAGAUGGUAAUUUUCCUAGAGGCGAUUCUUUGAAUCGGUGGGUACAACAAAUUACUGUUGGAGGUUAUCCCAGCAACCCGAAGUCUAUCCAAGCGAUGAAUGAUGUGACAAUUCUAUGCCUGAAGGCUGCAAAGCGUCUUCCUUUAAACGCUCCGUGUUUGUCACUGCGUCUUCAUAAAGGAAUGAAUGAGGAAAUAUUACAAGAAACAGCAAAAUCAUUACUGAGUGGUGGAGCACAUCCAAUACUUCUAAAUGAUGACAGAAUAAUUUCCGCUUUAGAGUCAAGUCCUCAUCUUCAGAAAAUGCCAAUAAAAAAGGCUGACAUACAAAACUACGCUUGCGACGGUUGUUAUGAACCACUUUUGGGUGGAAAGUCUGAGUUUACAUUCACCUACCUACCAUUGCCAUUGGUAUUAGAACUUACAAUCAAUCAAGGCGAUUCGUACGUGUCUGCAGGACCAGCAUACUUGCAAGGGAAACCAAGUUCCUAUCGAUCUGUUUCAGCAUCACACAUUAAAAGUUUCAAAAACCUUCAAGAUAUAUUUGAAAGCCAUUUGAAAAUUCAAAUCGAAGGGUCUUUAUAUAAAUUGCUAGCAAAUUACGGCAAUAUAUGGAAAGCAUGCCCGGCACCAUUACUGUCGACGCUCAUAGAUGGCUGUCUUGAGACAGGCAGGGAUUUGUAUAAUGGAGGUGCAAAAUAUGUCGUCGCAGCAUGUAUGUUCAUAGGUUUCUCUAAUUGCAUCGACUCGCUCUACAGUAUACAGAAGUUAUGCUUUGACAAUACAUCUGCAUGUGUGUCUCUAAACGAACUUCUUAUAGCAUUGAAAAAUGACUGGGGGUUUGACAUGGCAGAGCCUUUUGUAGACGACAAUGCAGGAAUAAUGAGGUCCGCCGAAAAGUACAUACUAUCGAUCUCUUAGAGAAAGGGUUCUCAAAUUUCCAAAAUUUGGAACUGAUGCUGGUGCAGAAAACAAAACCAUACAGGAAUUAGCUGAAUGGUUGUCCAGUCUAAUCGUUUCUACAUUUAAAGAAGUGGUGGAAAACUCAUCAGAAACGGAUGCAUUAUGUCAGCUGUUUACACGCUUGAAAAAAGAGUAUUCUACAACCAAAGCACCAUUUGAGUGUAUCCUUUGCCCUGGAAGCGGAACCUUUGAAGGUUAUGUUGGUUGGGGUAUGUCACUUGGAGCGUCUGCAGAUGGAAGGAGGAAAACAAUGCCAAUUGCAUCAGAUUUCAGUGCUGCCCCGGUAAUUCAAGAUGGCAAAUGUGAACCAUCUCAGAAUGACAUUUACAAAUCCAUGAAAAACUGGGAUCAUGUCGAAAUCAAAACCGGGUUUUCUAAUGGAGCAGAAGUUGAUCUGAAUAUACAUGAAAACUUUCCUGAGGAUGAACAGGUUAAUUUUAUCAGACGUUUUGCUAACGGUGAAGAUGGGAUUGGCGCAAACCUACUAACAAUCACAUGUGCUGAUGAGGACACCUAUCAACAAGCUUGCAAAAAUUCCGAAAAGUACGAUUUGGUAAGAGUGAGAAUGGGAGGUUGGUCAGAACAUUUUGUGGCAAUGUUUAAAGCUCACAAGAAUCAACAUAUGAGGCGGGCUUACUACAACCCACCUUCUCCCAAAACUGUUUCACAAAGUGGAGCUAUCUGAACUAUUGUUCAUUCACCAAUACAAGGAUAGUGGAUCAACAUCACCAUUGAAUAAAGCUUUAAAUUCUACCGCUAAUAUAGAAAUAUGGACAGCUUAAACUUGCUUACUUUAUAUUUUACUUAAAUACUGUAAGUAAUGCUAAGAUGUACAAUGCUGUCAAAUCACGUUAUUAAGUUUCUGUCCAUUGGACAAAAGUAUAGUAAAAAUAGGAUUCAUAUACUAGUAUAUCAUAUAAAACUACAUUAUCCUGAUUCAGAGUGAUUUUGUGCAAUUUGAUGUGUAAUAAAUUUCAGUUCAAUUUUUUUUAUUACGUCAAUUGGAACUGUCUCCCUUAUUUAUUACGUCAAUUGAAAUUAUCUUCUUUAUAACUUUGGCCGAAGAAAAAUAAUAAAAUUUGAGUUGCUUUACAGUCCUAAUACUUUUAAUUUUUCAGACGUUUAAACUAAAUAUCUAAAAAUACAUUUGGUUGAUAUUGUCCUAAUAUUGAAUUUGAAUAUAUUAAUAUGUAAUUUGAUAAAAUCAGGAUAAAUCGAUACACAGUGUUUAAUCCUCCUGGUUUUUUUUUGUGUUUUUUUUUACAUAUAUUCGGAAGCCUCUUGUUUUAUCCAUGUAGGGCCAUUAAACAAAAAUGGCGACUAACCCCUACUGUUUCUUUUAUAAUUUGAUUACAUAUAGUUAAAAAUGACAUCUUUAAAAAUCUUAUUAAAUCUUUGUUACUUUUUUUUACGUAUUGACCAAUACAAAUGGUGUCGAUAUUAAACGUAUUAAAAAUCUAGAGAGAUUCUUUUUCUGCAAAAUUUUAAAUGGCUUAUAUUUCGAAACAAACACUCAGACCCUCGAUCUUUUCCUUUAUUUAUAAACUAUCAAUUUAUAUCAUUGUUUUUAAAAUCUUCUUAUUUUGAAAAUCCUUAAUAAAUUUAUUCAUGUUUAAAGUUUUAAAUAUCAUAUAUGCAUGUAGAUAUCAAAUCGUUUCCUAAUGCAAAUAUAAGAUAGGUGUGGACUGAUUACCAGCUGCAUAAUUAUCAUUUAAUAUUCCAAAGACAACUACAUUAAGGAUGCUGAUAAAGAUACCUUCAAUAAUCAUGUUAUUUUGAUAAAAUAAGAUCUCUGUAUUAUUUUAUAAAAUGACUGUGCGUUUGUGAACAUUGUAUUCAUUGUGUAUAGCAAAUAAAUAUAGAAAAUAAACAUAA